AUGGCCAAGAAGCGGAAGGCCGGUGGUCGCGCAUAUGGCGAGCCCAAGGCGCCAAAAGAAGAAGAUUCGAAACUCGCCAUCAACAGCUGGGAGGAUGUCGCCGACUCGGGCGAUGAGUUCCAAAUCAACCGCGACAAGAUACUGCUGGACGAGGGGCCAGCUGCCAAGAAACUGAGGAAGUGGCAGGAGGAAGACAAAUUUCUGCAAGCAUCCGACGAGGAAAUUCUCGACAACGGCGCCGACUCGGACGAUAACGAGGACAAUUUUGACGAUGAUGCCGACUCGGACGACCUUGAAGCCGACGACGACAAGCCAGCCGCCGACGACGAAGACGAGGAUGUUGGUGGAUGGGGCGCCUCGAGGAAAGACUACUACAAUGCAGACGCCAUAGAGACGGAGCAGGAUGCGCUUGACGAGGAGACGGAAGCGCGUCGGAUACAGAAGAAGCAGCUACAGGCCAUGACAGAGGCAGACUUUGGCUUUGACGAGGACGAGUGGAUGGGGCAAGAAGGCGAGGAUGCAGAGUUGGGCGCCGUCGUCACAGAAGUCCUUCCACAGCUGCAGAUUACGGAUAGCAUGUCCGAGGAGGAGAAGCUCAAGAUUAUGAGGACGCGCUACCCCGAGUUCGAUCUUUUUUCCCGCGAAUACAUGCGUCUGCAACCGCUACACGACGAGUUGGCGGCUGCUGCCAACGCCGCUGAACGAUUACUUAAGUCACGCGCAGCCAAGUCAGGCAAAGCGGAUGGAGAAGGCCAUGCUACGCCCAUGGCAAUCACCAAGUACCGAGCCUGCGCAGCCUAUCUUGCUGCACUGGCGAUGUACUUUGCUAUACUUGGGUCGACAGCAAAGGACGACGGCUCUUCAGUCAUAGCACUUGACCCCGUAGAGCUGCAUCAACAUCCCGUUAUGGAGAGCAUACUCGAGUGCCGAACCUUGUGGUCAAGAAUCGAAAGUCUGCCAGUCGCAGAUCCCAUGGUGGAUGCCUCCAACGGCGACGAGCUCUCAGUCACUGGGGAAGCAAGUUUUGCCUCGGACGACGAACUUGACACUGUCGUGGUAGAAAAGAAGGCCAAGAACCAGAGGAAGAGCAAGGCAGAGCGCGCAGCUGAAAUCGCCAAAGCAGAAGCAGAAACCCGUCGCGCCAAGAAACUGGCAAAGACCGAAGAAGGACUCGCAUCCCUUGCAGCGCUGACAGAUAAGACUGCCCUGAAAAAGGCAUCCAAAAAGAAGAAGCCCGCAUCCGACAAGCUCAACCUCCUCAACGCAGACGAUUCCGACUUUGGCGAGGAAACAACGCUCACCGCACACGAACUCGCCGAAAAAGCCCGCAAGAAGAAGUCCCUCCGCUUCUACACCUCCCAAAUCACACAAAAGGCCAACAAGCGCGACGCAGCCGGCAAAGACUACGGCGGCGAUGCCGACAUCCCACAUCGCGAGCGCCUCAAGGACCGCCAGGCGCGUCUCCAAGCCGAAGCCGAAAAGCGCGGGCAGCACAAAGAUGCCGGGCCCGGCGUCGCCCUCGGCGAAGACGCAGGCGACGAUUCAGGCGCCGAGUCCCCACCGCCUCGCGACGAAGACUACGCUGACGAAGACGGCUACUACGACAUGAUCGCCGCGCGCUCCAACACGAAGAAAGCAGCGAAAUCCGAGCGCGCGACCGCCUACGCUCUCGCCGCCAAAGAAGGCGCGCAGGUCGUCGAGGAGGAAGUCAUCGGCGACGACGGCCGCAGGAUGAUCACCUACCAGAUUGCUAAGAACAAGGGCUUGACGCCGCACAGGAAGAAGAGCGUCAGGAACCCGCGUGUCAAGAAGAAGGAGAAGUACAAGGAGAAGCAGAAGAAGCUUAAGAGUAUGAUGCCCGUGUUUGACAAGGCGAAGAGCGCGGCUGGGGGCGCGAACUAUGGCGGUGAACUUACGGGUAUUAAGAAGGGGUUGGUUAGGUCGAGAAAGUUGUAG